AUGGCACUGGAUUCCGGCCAGGUUGCCGGGCUACAGUCGACAAUACAGGAUGGUGACAGUCUGCGUAUUCGGCUUUUGCAUCGCAGCCGGUCUUAUAAUGCCGCUGUCCCCGUAGCGGCUCUCGACUCCCCCUCGCCGCCUUCUCAGCGCUGUCUCGACGGUUGGGCCAUGGGCGACAGAAACCGUGAUGCCCCCAAACUGGCCAACCGGCGGCUAUCCAAGCAGAAACCAGCCCGUCUCGCCUCUCCUCUUGGCUCGCCAUCUCAUUUCUUCGAGACUGCAGUUUCCCCUUCUCCUGCAGCCACCAGUCGCAACUCGCAGGCUUACCUUGCCGGAUCCCAAGCUUCCCUUUUGCUCAAGCAGCCGCCACUGCAGCCGCUUCAGCUUGACUGUCAACCAAGAGAAUCCGCAAUAAAUCAACAAGGACCUGGUAUACCGAAGCCUUGUAACCUUGCAAGACGUAGAAACGAGGGCCAGCUGCAUCUGCAAAUCUCAUCUGCGCCGCAUCCGUCUGGCUUAUCAAAGGGCUUCCUUGACAAAGAUGGGCCUGGUUCAUCCAGCGCGGCAUCUACGCCGCCAAUUUCCACGCCUAGGUCAACAGCUUAUUCAACGACAGUGCCGGGUUCUCCAUGCUCGUUAUCCUCGGCUAGAAUUAGCUCGGACUGUUAUGUGUCAAGAGGAGCCACACCUCUUGCCAAACUACAUGCUGACCCGGUGUCGCCUUUGAAUCCCAAUUUCCUCACCGAUUAUGAGGCUGUGACUUCUUGCAGGCAGCCUUGCUCUGUCGACGAACAAGCUGCACCGCCGGCAAAGCAGGAGGUUUCCAAAGUCGCCUAUCCGCCGAUGCGUCGACGUUCGCUCAUUCAGACCCCUGGUGUUGCAACUCGUCCACCUUCCGUGGAUCUUCCGCGUAGCCCGGUAAACCUAGACUACCCUACCCCAACUGCCUCCGUGCUCUCCGAACCGGGCAGCAGGAUGAGGGCUCCGCACAAUGCAGAGCUGGGCAUUUCGACGCAGGCGUCUUUGCCUCAAACCCUAGAGACCAUACCUCAGGAACGGUCCGUCACCCCAUGCGAGUCCGAUUACCAGCAACUGGGAGGCAUGAAAUUCGGAACGCUGCGAAUUACAAAUGCUUCGCCGGCCGCCCCUACUUGGUAUGCAAAUGAAUGCGAUAAAUCGACAAUACCAGUGACCAGACGUCCAACAAACCUGACGGACGGCGAUGUGCUCAGUCCACAUGGUAGGCCACGAGCUCUGCCCAUUAUCUCUUCUGGCACAAUACCUGCACAGAUAGCAAGGACCAAGCCAAACGAGCAAAAGAUUCGGCCUCCCCCAUCACAGCUGGGCUAUUCUUCUCGCGAGAAGUCUCUGCCAAAAUUGGAGGAACCAAGUGCUGGACCCAAGAAAAAGAGGAAGUCGGGCUUCCUAGACCUCAAGGAGAAGCCAUGUGAUGGAUUGCCCCAAGGCAAGGGUGCUGCGCCGCCUCACCUGUCUACAGCAGCAAUGCCUUCGGGGAAAAAAGGUCCCGACGUUGUGCAUCCCGUCAAAGAGGUCUUGUGCGUGAGAAACGACCCUAGCGCAAAGCCUCUACGGGAGGCGUCUCGGAAUGUCAGCAGAGGUUCAGACGCUCUCCGGAAAGCCACAUCGGAAACCGACAGUGGAUUCCUGUCAGGCGGCUCAUCCUUGAGCUCACGAAGGACCCUGUCAAACGCCGACAGCGCUUACUGCUCCAACAUCUCGGUUCAGUCCAACCUGAGGCCUUUGAACGAAACCACGACUUCCAGCCCCGGUAGCUUUGCUCGUGACUCGCCCAAGGCGACUUCCUCCAAGGGUGCUUUGUCCAGCGACCUUGCGAAGCAAGCAACAACAGCCCAGCAGCCACUUACUCGACCCUCCCUCAUCUCCAAGUCCACAAGCAGUCUACGGCAGUUGUCCUUUCGAGCACGUCGACGACGGCCAACCAUGUUCUGCGCCGAGCCAACCAACAAACUAGUCAAGUCCCCAACAAAGCUGUCGCACCACCACUCAGAUUCUCCCUUAUCAGGGACGAGCACAAACACCCCGAGUUCCGCUCCCAAGCACGCCAACGCCGACCCCAAGACGCAGAGAUCUGCAAGGCCCCUUAGGCUUUUUGGUUUCGCCAAGAAAGUCGACUUGUCGAAGUGA